AGCAUUCAGUCUGCGCCGGUUAUAGAGGACGGGGGACCCUAGAAUUCUCUAUGCUAAAGCGUAGGUUAGCCCACUCCCCUCCCACCACUAAUAGGGGUGCUGGAGGAAGAGGCUGAGGCGGGACUCCUAGCAGGAGGUGGAGCAAGGGCAGAGACCCUGUCUGCGGAGGAGUGGGGCUGGGUCCUCGAGGUUCUUCUACCAGAAUUCCCUGAGAGGUCCAAGGGCAGAGGACGACAUGAACUGUCUUCGGGACUCAGGCCGUGGCCUCAUUCCUGCCUGGGAGACGCUUCUACUAACAGGUUCAGAAGUCUAGUCCAUUAUCAUCAAGACAGGAGUAUGGCAGCAUCCAAGCAGGCAUGGUGCAGGAGGAGCUGAGUGUUCUACAUCUUCAUCGGAAGGCUGCUGGCAGAAUACUGACUUCCAGGUGCCCUGCUCUCCUCCUGUACCUGCUCAGCCACCUCCAAGCUGCCCCAAAUGAAAGGAGCCAACACCCAGCUGCCUGUCCCCGGAGCUCUUGAGAAAGAUCUCAGCACUUCUUGGUUCCCAGAGCUUGAAGCCCAGCCGCCAACCUCAUCCUCUCCCAAGGGCCUCCCAGGACGUCCUCGCACUAGCCAAGAGGUGCCGAACGCUGAAGACAAUCCCAGCCUGAUCCCACUGGUGACCUUCCCCGAGUCUUCCAAGGGCAUAAUCUACAGUGACCUUAACUACUCUGUGAUCCUGCAGUGGAUGGUGACCAUGAACCCAGAGCCUGUGCUGAGCUGGACCUUUGAUGGAAAGCCAUGUGGAACUGGGGAGAAGCUAUUUAUCCGGCGACUGUCCCCAGAUCAGCUGGGCACUUACCUGUGCAUAGCCAGGAACACAGACAAAGAGCUGGUCUCUGAGCCGGUGACUGUCUCAUUGAGCCCAGCCACCGGGGCUCCCACAGUUCCGGCUCCCACAGUUGCCUAUCCCAUGAAGCCGAACGACUACAUGUCGGUCUCAGGAGGAUCCGCCAUAGCCCUCAUCGUAGCGGCCACCAUCGGAGGAUUAGUCCUGAUCGGAUCUGUCUGCUUCUAUAUACUGCUGGCACUUAAGAAAUAAGGAACGUGCAGCUAAGCCAUGAGCUCAUGAAUCUCUACCCGAAGCCGAUCCCAGGACAGGAGUCUCAGGACAGGAAGACAUGGCCCUUGUCAAGCUCCACCUCCCUCCCAUUUGUGCCCAAGAUGUCCCCAGCUAAAUAAAGCCUUUUCUAUCUUCCUGCCGGCUGCCAACACCCCAUCUUCACAGUCCACCUAUUCCGGGAACACUGUCUCUAUUCUUCUGCCUCGUGGACUGCAAACAAGAGAAACUCCCUGGCUUAGUUGAAGGGAGGGGAGGGAGAACAGGAGGAAGAAUUUGACAGAAGUCAUGAAGAUUUCCCAGAAUCCAAGGGUGUAUCUGUCAGCCUCAGCAAGGUAACGAAUUGCCUCUGGAAUCUAGCAGCUUGAAAUAACAGCCAUUUGUGCCGAUUGCAAUUCUGUGGCUUCGGCUGUAGGUUAGGCUCGGCAGGUGGGGGCUUGCUGCAGUAUCUGUGGUCCAGUGACUGUCUGGAGGGGCAACAUCAGUGGAAACAGCUGGCAUUCCUUGGUGUCCUCUUAUGUUCAGAAAGGUAAACGCCAACCGAUUACGAGGCCUCUGGUUCAGAACCUAACACCAUCGUUGCCAUCCCAUUGGCUGGAGGAAGUCACAUGACCGGCCCAAGAGGUGGGGGCCCUGGCUCUACCUCUUCCUGCUCUCAACCCACCUUCUCUUCCUUACAGUCUUGCUCUUAAGGAAUUCACGUGCUGUGUCUUCUUCACAGCCCCCUCCCUCUUUUCUCCUUUCUCUUUCAUUGCGUUAUCCCAGAAUUUCUGUCCCUGGGAGUUGACCAACUCAGCCAGCUUGCUUACAACAUGUAACAUCUGUUGGACUGAUGUUUUUGUACACUUUGUAAAGAUGUGUCUCUGUCCUUAUUUGCCUGCCCAAAGCACCUUCUGAUUGGUCAAAAUAAAAAGCCUAUAGC